AUUUUACUACAACCUGAAUUAUGUGUUGAGUACUCUUAUAAUUUCGUGAUUUUACAUUGUCCAAUAGGCAUUGUGUCGCGCGAAGCAGAUCUGUUUGCUGAUGAAAUUUUUCAUUAUGAAAAACGCAUUGUUAGUCAUAUCGAUUCGGUAAAACAAUCCGAUGAGACUAAAUUGAAUGAAAUAAAAACUUUAGCUGAAAUGAAAACAAUAGCACCAUCUUUGCCAAUAAUGGAGUCACUUCAAGCGAUUUUUAGUCAUACAAAAAUUAGCGACGAAACUGAAAUUCUAGUCCGUGACGUUAACGUCUUCAGCGAACUGUCCACUGUGGUAUCUACUUCUGAUAAGAAACCAAUUAACAAUUUCAUAAUCUGGUCGUUGGCACGCCAUCUGCUGCCACAUUUGUCGCGGGAAUACCGAAAUUUGGUGGAGAACUUUGAUCACGCCAUCUACGGUCGCACAGCUACGUAUCCACGCUGGAUGAUUUGUUCACAAAUAGUACGCGAUUGGUUGCCAUUUGCUGUUGAUGCUCUGCAGCAGCAACAGAAUACAGAGCAAUCGAAGUCCAAACGAUAUGCCACCCAAGACUACAAGCAUGGCGAGUCGAAUUCAGCCCAUUAUCCCAGCAAAUCAGAGGGGAACGAUGCAUUUUUACGGCUCAUGUACUACAGCCUACAGAAUCAGUUGAAAGAUUCAGUUAAUCAGGCUAAUUGGAUUGAUAAACGUGUGAAGGGCUACAUUAGUGAUAAAUUGACCACUAUGCGCCUGCAGAUCGGCAUACCCGAGGAAGCGCUUACCGAAAGCUCUUACAUAAAGGAUUAUUACAAUGAUUUGUUGUUGAAUAAUUUGUUUUUUGUUGAGCAUUUGGAGUCGAUUUGGAGUUUUCGCAAAGUACGGAUGGAAGCGAAAUUGAAGCCUAUGAGUAUUGUGGAUACUAUUGUUUCCGAGAUGUACACGCGUGAAACUCCACAGGCAAUUAGCUAUUCGAAUAUUUUGAAUAUGUUGAUCAUAUCAAGAGGUAUCGCUGCAUCCGCAUACUAUGACUAUAGAUAUCCAAUCCCCAUAAAUUUUGCACGCAUUGGCGCUGAUAUUUUGGAAGUUUUAAUUGAUUCAAUCUACACCUUUGUCGAGCAGUACAAAGCCGAGCAUACGAUAUUGACCAAUGAGAGCCUUGCAGCACGUUUUGAUUUACCCAAAGUGGAUGUGAAUUGCAUUUUAGGUGAAUCGCAUGCGCACAGCCAUCACACGGACGAAUUGGACGAGAUGUCAGCGCAUGCGCUAAGAAGCUUUCAUUACACAUUGAGUGCUGCGAGAAUCGCUGCACGCGCACAAACUAACUUCAUAGAGGCGAUCGAUACGGGGACACCGAUCACUGGUGCCAGCAUCGAACAGGGAUUGACAUAUGAAAAUCUACGAUUGACGGAACGCCAUCGUAUGCCUGGUUUGCGUUCAUUCAACGAAAAUGAACUAUUCACACUCGCCUACAUGCAGAAACAUUGUAGCACGCUGAUUGCUGAUAAGGAUUAUGCGCCAAUUAAGCCGCAUGUGGAGCGGCAACUUGCUGAGGAGUAUUUAUUCAAGGCGACUUGGCAGCACAUACAAUUUCUGCCGCGCUCCAUUAGCUGUGCCACGCCGCCGGAAGCACGCUGUUCAAAUAUACUCUAAAUACAGAUAGGAAUUUUUAGUCGUUUUGUUUUUUAACUAUUUUUAUUGCCAAGACUAGAGACAGAUAUAGCAAAAACUACGCACAUUACAUUUACAUACAUGCAUGCAUUUUAUUGUAGUUUUACAAUAUUUGUAAAAUAAUUUUAUUGUACUUGUAGUAUGUAUAUGUAUUUAUUAAUUAGGGCAUAUAGUUUAUAAUUUUUGUAUUUAAAAAUUUUUACGAGUGCUGAGAUACUCGUAAUUUACAAACUACUUUUAGCUAGAGUUCAGUAAGGUUUUAGGUGAACAUUUGCUUUCCAUUAGAUGUGUACACUGCUUUUAUUUGCAUUAGAUAUAGUGGCGAAAUACUAUUUAAGGUUAAAUUGAAGCCGAAAAAAAGACAAAUAUGAAUUUGCAAAACAAGAUUGUGUAAAUGUAUGAAACAAGAAUGUAGCUACGAUUUAUUAAAAAAAAAGAACAUAAAAAGUA